AUGAAAAAUAUGUCAUGUUUGAAGCUGAACAUCAACAGAAGCAAGGCCCCUAAGAAAAUGGGAACUUUGAAGGACAUUUCUCUGUUUGGCAGUUUUGCAUUUCCUAUGGAUGGAGAGUAUGCAAGUGGAUUGGUAGCUCAAUCACUGGCUGGUGUAGGGAAAAUGGUAAAGAAGACCAAGGUGCAAGUAAAAAAGCUGGCUUCAAGAGAAUCCUGCUUGGCUGGUGCGACGGGGUCUUCUAUUUCAUCAGAGCUUCCAGAGCCUCUGGAAAGGCAGUCAGCUGUUUCCAUUCAGCCACAAGAUGUCUACACCAUCCGGUUUAUCAAUCAUGCUCCUGAAACAGUGCUGGCUCCAACCCUGGAUAAUGUUCCCCAGCCAUCCUCUUUCCCUUCACCACCCAGUGGGUUUGCAUUAAAGAAAAACUCUGGCAAGAAAACUGUGUUCAGCUUAGCCCAGAAAGAGAUUAUGAUGUUGUUUUACAACAGGCAAGCUACCGGUGGCAUGCGGGCUGACCCAAAAGAUGUAAUUGCAUGCAUGAGAGAGAGAGGAGUGGAGGUACUUAAGGAGCAACAAAUAAGAAGCUGGUGGAGCAUGUAUCAUCAAAAGAGGAAAAGAUCCUUAAAUGCCUUAACCAAUGACGCAUGCAAUCCGACUUCUCAACAGCACCCUGUUCAACCACCAUCAGUAUCAGCUCCCACUACGCCUGCAUCCCAGCAACCCUCAGGUCACACAACUCAAGGGAUGGCCACCACUAUGCCUGCAUCCCAGCAACCCUCAGGUCAUGCAGCUCCAGUGCCAGCUCACACUAUGCCUGCAUCCCAGCAACCCUCAGCUCACGCAACUCAAGUGAUGGCUGCGACUACGCCUGCAUCCCUGCCA